UGUUUCAAAGUUUACGAGGGAUCGCAACCGGUUUUGAUAUAUUGUUCACAUCGGCCAUUGGAUUUACACGAAUUAUAACCAAAAGUACUAUAAACUACAACAAACCGUGUUUCUGAUAAUUUCGUUAGUAUUCCACAAUUAUAAAAUGAUCGAUUUGUUCGACUCCUUAAAAUCCCUUUUACAAGAGGAAACCGUAAGGAUCGACAAUCUCGUCUUCAGGUUACACUCAAGGGCUACGGUUCUUAUUUUAUCGACUUGUGCGAUUCUUGUUACCGCCAAGCAAUACAUCGGUGAACCCAUUUCGUGUAUCACGGACAAGACCAUUGAAUAUCGACCCUUAUCAUUUCCCAAACUCUCCACAGACAGAGACCCCAUAAACGCCUACUGCUGGAUCUAUAGUACAUUUACCGUAUCCCGACAUUUGACUGGAACACCAGGAAUCGGCGUAGCGAGUCCCGGAGUAGGACAGGCCCUUGAUAACGACGAAAUACACCACCAUCGGUACUACCAAUGGGUUUGUUUCGUACUCGCCCUUCAAGCACUAAUGUUUUAUACACCCCGAGCCUUAUGGGGGGUAUGGGAACGUGGUACGGUGAAACUGCUAUCCGCAAAUCUCGGUACACCAUUUUUUCGGGACGUCUGGUCCAAGGAGAGGAAGGACCAGCUGGUGGAAUACUUUACCACCACUAAUUUGCAUACCCACAACUUUUACGCAUUCAGAUUCUUAACUUGCGAAAUUUUAAACUUUUGCAAUGCGAUCGGUCAAAUUUAUUUCCUAGACGUAUUCUUGGAAGGACAAUUCUCUAAGUACGGACCGGCUGUCACCGCAUUCGCAAUUGAAACGAAUCCGUUUCAGAGGAUCGAUCCCAUGGCGAGACUUUUUCCUAAAGUUACCAAAUGUACGAUCCAUACAUUUGGUUCCUCUGGAUCACCUCAAACACAUGAUGCUCUCUGCAUUUUGCCAUUGAACGUUGUGAAUGAAAAAAUCUUUGUCUUCAUCUGGUUUUGGCUAGUAUUUUUGGCAAUUGUCAGCGGGCUUGCUGUUAUUUACAGGAUUAUAGUAUUUUCUCAACCUUGGGCUCGCGUAUAUCUUCUCCGAGCGACAGUUCAAUUCAUUUCUCGAUCUAAGGCUGAAACUGUGGUUCAAUCUUUUGGAAUUGGUGACUGGUUUUUACUACACCAGCUAAGUCACAAUUUGAAUCCCAUCAUCUUCUGGGAACUCGUCAAUGAGCUGGCUAUGAAAUUCUCCAGCAAAUACAGCGAGGAGAAAUCCAGGAGAAUGGACUUCAUUUGAAUUUAUGUACGCUUGUUGCCGAAUUUUAAAUUAAAUUUUUAUUACCUCACUA